AUGACAACGGCCUCCGCAACCCCGCAGCAGAUGAGAGACCGGCUGCUGCAGGCCAUCGAUAGCCAGAGCAAUGGUUUGAUUUUAUUUUUAAAAAACACCAUUCAUAAAGUUAUUGAUGAGAGUCAUGCUAAGGGGAUUAUCUGCGUGUAUCUUCCAGGUGCAGCCCCUAAGCCUGUUGCUCCGGUGGAUCCCUGGGGUCUUCCCAGUGCCUCUUCCUCAGUUGCUCCUCUGAAAAGCAGUGACCCCUGGGGGUCGCCCCCGGCACCUGCAGCUGCUGAUCCCUGGAGCCCAAUGCCUGCCACCCGCCCCAAAGCCCCUGCCACAGUGGGUAGCUUUGAUCUUUUUUCCACACCAAAUGGUACUUCCAGGGAGGACUUCUCUGAUUUUGACAGUCUUCGCUCUUCAGCACUGACAGGAGAUGGUAGAGGAAGCUCAGCCUUGCCAUCACAGACCAGUUUGUCUGUAGGCUCUGAUCUGUUUGACGUACCGAGCGGCCCAACCAGAAAAACUCCAGAGUCUUUCCUGGGUCCCAACGCAGCGCUUGUCAACCUAGACUCUCUGGUCACCAAACCUCCCCAGCAGGCUCCAGUCUCCAAUCCCUUCCUCGCUGGAGGUAACUUUAAGCGAUUACAUAUUUCUAGGAGAAUACAUGUACAUUCAAAGUGGUUUUUAAAUUCAGUUUUAUGAAAUUCAAGGUCAUUU